AUUAAUUACAGCAUAAAGUAAUUAAAUAGAUAAUCUUAGUGCAGUCAAAAUUCAGAGUGUCUAGACCUGAGCUGCAACAAUAGAAAUUUUUAUUACUAUAUUUUUCAUAGAUUUGCAUAGAUAUCUUGAAGAAAAAUGGUCAAAUUAUAUGCCAUAAGUAUAUUCUUUAAGGCAUCAGAAGAAGCCAAAGUCCUAAAAUCUCACUAUGAUCUUCAGAGCUUUAGUUUCUUUCAAAGAGGUAGUGUGCAAGAAUUUAUACAAUUUGCAAGUAAAACAAUUACGGAACGAACGAGCCCAUGUACGAGACAAUCCGUUAAGCAGGAUGUCUAUAUGUGUCAUGUAUAUGUCAGAAGUGAUAAUUUAGCUGCCGUGUUAAUUGCAGAUCAUGAAUAUCCAGGACGUGUUGCUCAUACCUUAUUAACAAAAAUUAUGGACGAUUUCUCAGCAAAAGUUUCAAGUGACCAGUGGUCGAAUGGAACAGAACAGUCUAUAAGCUUUACUCAACUUCCAGCAUAUUUGACCAAAUAUCAAGAUCCAAGAGAAGCUGAUCCACUUACAAAAAUGCAAAAUGACUUGGAUGAGACGAAAAUCAUCCUCAGAAAUACUAUUGAGCAAGUGUUGAUUCGUGGCGAGAAACUUGACGAUCUAGUGAGUCAAUCCGAGGAACUUUCUGCUCAGUCUAAAGCGUUCUAUAAAACAGCAAAAAAGACAAACUCAUGCUGUAACUUUAGUUAAAUAUACAUGCCUGGUUCCACUUUCUACAUUACCAUCAAUUCUUUCUGUUCCAUUGAUUUUAUGUCUAAUUUUUAAUUUAAUUAUUAUUUCUGCGCAUCCAAAAAAAAAAACAACUUAUGAGAUAAAAGAGAUUUAAUUGUUCAAUUACUUUGUGGUCUAUGUGACAAAAAAGUUUAUAUUCCAGAUAUUAUGAUUUAUAGUUAAUCUUAGUUGAGCAUAAUUUCGAGUUAAUCCGUUUAUAGCUAUCAUAAAUGAAGUGGAUGUUAUUCGUUCCAUGUAUUUAUAAAUAUCCAAAACUAUACCUAUAUCAUAUUAUAUCGAGCAUAACUGGAUGAAAGACUACAUAAAAUGUGUAUGAUGGAGAUAUAUUAAUUAACUGUAUUAAACAACAGAAGACAAAAUGCAAAUUUAUUUUAA